GGGGGUGUGUACGUAUGGUGUGUGCACGCUUGACCGCAGACAGUGCUCAGUUCACGAUCUGGUCUUCUGUAACCGUCUAGGCCUGUGGUACUCUUCGCACAGUCAUGGCUGGGAAGCGAGCGUUGGUCAUUUUAUCCAAGGGUGCAGAAGAGAUGGAGACUGUCAUACCCGUGGACGUCAUGCGUAGGGCUGGGAUUGCAGUGACUGUGGCAGGUCUGACGGGGAAGGAGCCGGUGCAAUGCAGCCGCGAUGUUAACAUCUGCCCUGACACCAGCCUGGAGGAUGCCCGCAAACAGGGUCCAUAUGAUGUUGUGUUGUUACCUGGAGGAGCCCUGGGGGCACAGAACCUCUCUGAGUCUUCUGCUGUGAAGGAGGUGUUGAAGGACCAGGAGGGCAGGAAAGGGCUGAUUGCAGCCGUCUGUGCAGGCCCCACUGCCCUCUUGGCCCAUGGCAUCGCCUAUGGCAGUACAGUUACGACCCACCCCGGCGCCAAGGACAAGAUGAUGACCGGAGGUCACUACACGUACUCUGAGGCCCGCGUGCAGAAGGACGGUAAGCUCAUAACCAGCCGCGGCCCCGGAACCAGCUUCGAGUUCGCCCUGGCCAUAGUGGAGGAGCUCAUGGGAGCCGAGGUCGCCGCCCAAGUCAAAGCCCCGCUUAUCCUGAAAGACUGAGCCACGCCCACAUGCACCCAAGACCACACCCACUGUCAUUCAGAAAGGGCACAUUAGCCACAUCCAGAAAGAUGGUAGAAUAGGCAACAUUAUACCUGUCGUAUCAGUGAUGUGGGACUCGGGUAAAAGGUGUCUCAUGACAGGAUGUUGCUCAGCACUUGCUGCCCUAUCUGAUCGAACAGUCCCUUAUUUUAGGAAAUGCUCGACAAAUUGAAAUUAGCCCAGUGUUUUGCGCAUGUCACUUGCUCAAAAUAAACAUGCCCUUCUUACUCUUACUGAUCUGCUGCAAUAAGGGGUGUUGUGUGCUGUGGAAUUUUGCACUUAAACGUGGCUGGAAAGCUUUCUAUGCUCAUGUUAAAAAAAAUUAUUUGAAUUUGUUUUUUCAAGAGCAAUUUUGAUUGGGUGUUGAGUGUUAAAACAUUUUUCACAUUAAAUUUGCAGUUACUGCAGUACUCUUGGAUGAAUGACUGAAUUCCAAAACAUUGCAUUUGGGGUACUUGCCAAAAUCAUGUAAUCUAUUGAUGCAGAUUUAAACAAUGAAAUUACAAAAAUAUCACUGUCAAUAAACUUUGAAGAAAUGCCAA